UGUCACAUGUCAACCAAAGAAUAUAAAAGCGCACUUUAUUUUGUUUUGGUUCAUUAUGUGUUAAUGUAUAAGAAAGUUAUAUUAAUAGUACGGGUUUAAUUUCCAUUCGGCAUUCACUAGAUUUUAAUUUAACUACACAAUGGCAGCGGUGUUGAAGAAAAGAGCAUUAGCAGAGUACAACAAAUCUUUUCAGGAUGGACCGUCUUCAAAGAAACUUCACCUGGCUAAAAAACCAUUAAUAGGCAGUUCAGCUGCAGCAUUUGUUGGCUUGUUGGAAAAAUGUAAAUCAAGUGACGAAGCACUACAGUUAUUACUGAGAAUCUCAGAUUGCCUUCAGUUUCAAGAGUCAGAUGUUGAAGAAGCUAUCAAAAAGCUGUCUGAGCACUUUCAGUCAGAGGAAGAAUCAGUGGUCAGGGUGAAAAUAUUGUGGCUUUUUUGUGAUAUAGGAUUGGAAUGUCCUGGAGCUAACUUGAAUCACUUAAUUGAAGAAACUACUCAUUUAAUAAAGAAUGAAACAUCCCAUAAGGUUAUUGCUCAAGGAAUUGCUACACUACUAAAGUUGGGGAACAAAUUGUCCGAAGACAAAAUUCUCAUGAAUAGACUGGUAGGUGUGGCCAGAGACAAUCUGAAGGAUACAAGUCACCAGGUGAAGUGUAGGUGCUUGCAGCUGAUCAGUGAACUGUAUCCAAUAUGCCCAGAAAUUGAUAGAACGGCAGAAAUGAUUGCAGAGGCAGAUAUAAUAGUUAAACUACUCAGUGAUUAUAGUAAUGCUGAGGAUGCAAGAGUACGCUGUGAAGCAUUUCAGUCACUGUUAACACUACAUGGCCGUGGUUUAACGCUUAGUGCACAAAUUUAUGAACAUGUUUGCACAGCAUUAUCCGAUGAUUAUGAAAUUGUGAGAGAGGUAGCUCUCAAAUUAGUCUGGCUGCUUGGAAAUAAAUAUCCAGAGAACACUGUCACUCUUCAAGACGGUGAAACGACAAUGCGUCUAGUAGAUGACGCCUUCAUACGAAUAUGUUCGGCUGUUAACGAUCUAUGCAUGCAAGUGCGCGCUCUAGCGUGUACACUUCUUGGUACUACCAAGUCUGUGUCAGAUCGGUUCUUGUUGCAGACGCUGGACAAACAGUUGAUGAGUAAUAUGAAGAAAAAGAAAACGGCGCACGAGCGCGGCGCGGAGCUGGUGCGGUCGGGCGCGUGGGCGAGCGGGCGGCGCUGGGCGGACGACGCGCCCGGCCAGCUGCUCGAGCAGGCCACCGUGCAGCUGCUGCCCGGCGGCGCGGCCGGCGCCUUCGUGCACGGCCUCGAGGACGAGUUCAUGGAGGUACGCACAGCCGCCGUAGAAGCAGUGUGCGAAUUGUCGAUGGAAAAUUCAAUUUUUGCGACCACAUCGCUCGAUUUUCUUGUGGACAUGUUCAACGAUGAAAUUGAAGAUGUUCGUCUGAGAGCUAUAGACAGUUUGACUAAAAUAUCUCAUCAUAUUGUAUUGCGGGAGGAUCAAUUGGAAACAAUAUUGGGUGCCUUGGAGGAUUACUCUAUGGAUGUAAGGGAGGGCUUACACAGAAUGCUUGGAUCAUGCACAGUUGCAUCAAAGACUUGUCUAGAAAUGUGCAUUGACAAAAUUCUAGAAAAUCUGAAGAGAUAUCCUCAGGAUAAGCGCUCAACAUUCCGCUGCGUGCAACGUAUGGGCAGCAAGCACGCGACGCUGGUGCUGCCGCUCACCACCCGGCUGUUGGGCGUGCACCCUUUCUUCGACAUGCCGGAGCCCGACGUCGAAGAUCCGUCUUAUAUGUGUGUGCUGAUCUUGGUGUUCAACGCGGCGCAACACUGCACCACGAUGCUGCCGCUGUUCGAAGAGCACACGGUCAAACACUACACCUACCUGCGGGACACUAUGCCACACCUCGUACCGCCACUGCCUAUUGGUGACAACCAGUUCUCGCGCAACGAGAAGAGCGAGACGGCAAUGGACGACACGGCGGUGCGCAAGUUCUUCGACACGGUGCUGCAGCAUAUCGACAACGCGACGCUGUCCACCGCCGUGCGGAUGAAGAUGCUGCACUCGGCUGAGGAGCAGCUCAAUAAGCUGGCGGAGAUGGAGCCGCUGGUGUCGGGCGCGGCGCAGUUCACGGCGCUGUUCGCGCGCUGCGUGCUGGCGCUGCACGCGGCGCUCGCCCGCGCGCCCGCGCCGCCGCACCACGCGCUGCUGCAGCUCUCCACCGACUGUCUCCGAUUGCAGCACCAAUUCAGCGGGGUGUCGGAACAGGAGAGCGCGUGUGUGUGGCAACUGGCGCUCCGUGUGUCAGCUGCGAAGCUGAUAGCCGCCGUUGAGAACGCGGCGGUUCCGGGGGCGGGGCCUAACGCGGCGGGGACGGGCGCGGCGCCGGGGCAGGCGGGCCCGGGGCAGGCGGGCCCGGGGACCGCGGGGGGCAGUGCGGCGGCACUCACCGCGGCCGCUGCGUUGACGCAUCACGCUGAACUGCUCGAUAGGCUUUUGGCUUCAGCCGGCAUGGAGCCGGAGCCGUUCACGAUAGCGGUGUUCCAGCAGCUGUCGGCGAGCGGCGAGCACAAGCCGGCGGCGCUCGGGCGCGCGCUGCUGCCGCUGCUGCUGGCCGCGCCGCCGCCGCUCGUGCCGCGCCCCAACCUCAAGAUAAGAAUGUGUACGGCGACUAUAAUUGAGCCGGCCACAGACAACGACACGGUGUUGCGGUUCUGCGCGGGGCUCAUAACGGGCGUGGCCUUCGAGGCGGAAGUGCUUAGGGUUAAGGACCCAAGCGCUAUUCGCAUUCGUGUGGCAUAUCCGGAUAGGAGAGUGCACGCUUUGGUGCCGCCUAGAGACCAUCUGAGGCCGCUUGACCAUCAGAAUACUAAUGACGACGAUACAGAAAACGUGCGUCUCUUAACGAAGGUGUUAAUUUCCCACGGAGUGUGGACAGAACCGUGCGGCGUGGAUAUAUCGGUGUGUCUCGCUGUGGAGGAAGGGUCGAGCCGAGAAGUCGCACCUCUUGUGGAACUCUGCCGGCCCGUCAGAGUCACUGUUGCGCCGAAACCUAUCAAACGCGGCAUUUAGAUUCCAAAAUUAAACAUUCAAAACUAUAAGUCGAGAUACAUGUGUACAAUUUUGAGAAUAUAAGCGAAAUCUACUUUUAAAAAAUUUAGUUCUAUAGUAGGAUUGUAAUUCGAAAUACAAAAUGUUAUUGCAAACAAUUAAUCUAUUUUAUUGCUUUUAUCACAUAUAAGAUAUUAAAUUAACCAUUUUUUUUGUUUCUCAGUUUAUUUUCUGCAAGUUAUGUAAAAAUAUUAAGAUGUCUUCUAAAGAAAUGCAAAUGUAUAUUAGUGAUAUAAGUAUUACUGGCAAGUGGUAACAUGGGACUUUUUGUUUAUAUAAAGAACUAGCUGUCUGGUCCAGCAUUACCCCUGCUAUACUAAUAACACUCAGGGGUCACAUAUAUAUUCAAAAGUGAAAAGAUUUCCGAAAACCAUAUAGUUGUUCCUAAAAUUAGUGCAUCAAAAAAGAACACUUCAACUUCAUAAUAUUUGCUUUUUUGUAUACAUCCAUCUAAUGAUUACUUAGUUCAGUACAUAUUUUAUCAGUGCAGAAGUGCAGAGAAUGGUGUGUUAAUGAUCAAGAAAUAAAACAAUUUGAAAGAAAUAAAA